UACAUGAUGACUCCAAAUGGCAACUGGGGAGUGCUUUAAUAUAAAAGAUAAGAUUGUUCAGUAAAUACCAGUAAUUAGCCUUGUUUAUCAUCUGAAUUAAAAACCCACAUAACUUGUUCACCUACAUCGACAUGGAGGAUUGAUUGUUUUCUCUUUACUUUUAUCACACUCCAUCUCUUCUCUCUUUGAUUAAUUCCGUUGGCCCAUCCCUGAAUCUCAAAAACCCACAAACACUCUUCUCGUUCUGAUACCAAAGCUGAAAGCUUUCAGCUGUGAGACACACUCAUUGAUACAUAUACUCUGUUUUUUGUUCAAGAUGAUUCAGCUGCUGUUCAUAGUGAUCAUCUCAGAGAUGGCUCUGAUUCUGGCGUGCUUGUUCAAGACCCCAUCGAGGAAGCUUGUGAUAAUGGGCCUCGAUCAGAUCAAGCGGGGACGUGGACCUGUGGUGGUCAAGACGGUGGCGGGAACAGUGUGUAUGGUGUUGAUGACCAGCCUCUACGGUGUUGUGAAGAUCAAGAAGAGUGGAAUUGAUGCAGUUGGGAUUCUUAGUCCUACGGAUCAGAUCCUCAUGUUCAAGCAUCUCCUUGAAGCCACUCUAAUGGGGUUCUUUCUGUUCCUUGUUCUCAUGAUGGACAGAAUACAUCACUACAUUAGAGAGCUCCGUGUACGAAGAAAGACCAUGGAGGCCAUAAAGAAGCAGACCCGAAUAUCUGAGGAUGGAAAAGCUGGUGGUUUGGACGAGAUCAAGGCCUUGGAGAAUGAGAUGUCUGCAUCACGCUUAAGACUCAAACAACUAGAAUCUGACAUUGAGACAAAGACGAAAGAAGCUCAUGCUGCAGAAGCCAAUGUUGAUGCUCUAAGAAAACAAUCUGAAGGCUUCCUUCUCGAGUACGACCGUUUACUUGAAGAAAACCAAAAUUUAAAGAACCAAUUUCAGUCAGACCGGAGAGUGUCACAUUCAGGUAGCAAGAAAGAUUCAUGAGGAAUGGGGCAUCUUCGCGACUUUUUAUUUAAUUUCUUUAGAUAUCUUAUGCUUCAUAUACUAGAUGUGUGGGAGUUACUGGAUGGAUAUAUUUGCUACACUUAAGUUUGGGGAAAGUGGGACAGAAAAAAGAGAAGUGAAAAAGAAAAAAGAAAGAACGAAAAUAGGCUUGUUACUUCUUGUUAGAUGAGUGAACUUGAAAAGAAGUUGAUUGUUGAAGUCGAAUGGAGCAAGUUCUUCUUGGAAAAUUGUGGUACAGUUUGAAUGUAGUAGAUUAAUAUCAGUGUUUUGACUAGAUUUUAUGUAUUUUUGUCUUCAUUUUUUCGAUAUGGUUGAAUUUUAUUGUAA